AUGCCCGACGACAAAAAGCUUCCUUGGGGCAUAAAUGCACCAAAACCUGGCUCCGCAAAGCAAGAGUCAGAGGAAGCUGCGAAAGUAUACGCUGAAUUUGUAGCUUCUUUUGAGAAAGACGAUAGUGCAGGCAAAACUUUUGUGAAAGGAGAAACCAUUGUGCCAAAAUUACUAUUCGACCAUGAAGCUAUCAGUAAGAAGGAAACAUCGAGUAUUGCAAAGGAACCAGAACUUUACAAACCGCAGCCGCUCGUAUUUGCUCCUAAAAGCUCUCCGCAAGAGUCCAAGGGGAAAUUGAAUGAAGAUGACAGCGUUGGCAAGGAGGAAGAAACGAAAGAAGAGAGAGCUAGCAAGAAACGUAAUUUAGAUGCCUUUUUGGAGGAAAUAAAAAGGGAGCAAGAGGAGAGAGAGGAUAGACUUAGACAAAAGCAUACUCGAUUAGCUGGUGCCGGUGUGAAUUCUGAAGAAGGAGGCAGUGAUGAUUAUGUUACCGGAUCUUUGACUGUCAAAGCAGCGUUUGAGUAUCGCCCAGGAUCUCAUGAUACCGGAGAUCCUCACACAACGAACUUGUAUGUUGGAAAUAUUAGCCCUGAGUUAAACGAAGAAAUGUUGUGCAAAGAAUUUGCAAAAUAUGGUCCAAUAGCUAGUGUAAAGAUUAUGUGGCCACGAACACAGGAAGAGAAAGAUCGUAAUCGCAAUUGCGGUUUCGUUAGUUUUAUGGACAGAGAGUCUGCAGCUCAAGCCUUAAAGAAUAUGGACGGAAAGGAACUUCUUGGAUACGUCAUGCGCGUCGGAUGGGGCAAAGCCGUACCUAUUCCUCCGAAACCUGUUUAUGCAGGCGUGCUCGCAGUUCUGAACGAAGAAGGUCGUCCACCACCGAGUGGGCUACCCUUCAAUGCGCAAAUGGUUCAUACCAAACAAGGCUUUAAUACCGUGCCUCCUCCCGGAUCGAGUUCGCAUGUUGUAAAAGGUCCUCGGCUUGAAGUGCAAAUUACACGUCCUGAUGAUCCUCUAAUUCUAAAAAUAAUACAUCGUAUGGUUGAGCGAGUAGUCAAAUAUGGCCCACCGUUCGAGGCAAUUAUAAUGGAUCGCGAAUGGAAUAAUUCAAAAUUCAGAUUUUUAUUUCAGAAUGACUCCUUAGAGCACAUCUACUAUCGAUGGAAGUUAUAUUCAAUAUUACAAGGAGAUCCCAAGAAUAAAUGGCGAACAGAACCAUUUCACAUGUUCGAUGAAGGACCUAUAUGGGUUCCGCCUGAAAUUCCAUUUGAGGAGGAGGGAGAUGACGAUGUAGACUCUGACGAGGAAGACGAACGAGAACGUGAGCGAAUACCCAAAGGCACUCUUGGACCCAAGGCCAAGAAUCGUCUCGAGUCUAUGCUUAGGAAACUAAUAUUUCAACGAGGUUCUAUUGCACAAGCAAUGGCGUUUGCUAUUGAUCAUUCAGAUGCUGCCACUGAGAUUGUGGAUAUAAUUUGUAAGACGUUGAUGAUUCGUGAAACGCCCAUACCAACGAAGGUUGCCCGGUUGUAUUUAGUUUCGGACAUUUUACACAAUAGUAGCGUUCCCGUACCUAAUGCUUGGAAGUUUAGAGCCGGAUUUGAGACGAGAUUACCGGAAAUAUUUGAACAUUUGAAUGAAAUUUACAGAUCGAUAUCAGGACGAUUGAAAGCAGAGACAUUCAGGCGGCAGAUAAUAACUGUUUUAACUGUCUGGGAGAACUGGAUCGUCUUCCCACAACCAUAUAUUGAAUCGCUCACAAAUACAUUUAUGAAGAAUACCAAGGAAGGCGAUGUUUCUGCCACUUCAUCAAAUUCUGAUGAAUUGAAUAGCAUGGAUUUGGAUGCUGGCAAUGGUGGAGAACGUGCUCACGGCGUUCUCCAGAUGAGACGUCUCAAUCCAAAAAGCAGGCCGAUAAAGAUGGGACAGUAA